AGAACAUUUGCUUUUAUAAUUAACUAAAAGUGCUAAUCAUAAAACUGUCAAUACUAAUGCCUUAAAAUACCUUAACCGUGUUUCAAUAAAUCUAUGACUCCCAUAUAUGACUAUGACAGAUGAAAAUAGCGAGUGCGCCCAGCGACCGCAAACCAGACUGGUCAGUGGUGAUUUAGGCCUUGGAAGUAGUAAGUUUAAUCAAUUCGAUAUUAAUGUAUAUCAGUAUAUCUUCCUAAUCUUUUAAAAUCAUUAACAAAGAUUAAGUUAAGAUCGAGUUAAGAUCGAGUUAUCUUGUAACGAUAAAAUAAAACAAACAAACAAACGGCGUUGAACUAUGACCUCAUGUGGGCGUGGGGUGCGUCACUGUCAUGACUCUUCAUUCUUAGCCUCACUGGACACACUGACCCGUUAAACUUGGACAAGUGUCACCUGCCAAUUACAAGUUUUGGACAGGUUGUCCGCGAAUCCUGACAGAGCGUCUGCUUUGAUUGAUUCAGGGAUCACUUGAUUCUCCGAACUUUGUUUGUGGUUUUCAUUUUUGGAAAAAUGAUGGGGUCAAGUGCUUUCAGGAACUGAGUCAGAAGCCAAAUUUAGCGUGAAGAACCCCGACGUGAAUCAAGAUCAAUGGUGGACAGUGUUUCUCGUUAGCGGGCUCGACAUCGAAAAAAAGUUUACUGCUUGGAGUUGUGUCUAGAGUUGCGGUCAUUUGUGUUUGUUUUUGAUGGUUAACAAGAAACAAGAUUAACAAAGUUUAAUCGUGAAGUUUGACGAUGCGUGGAUACUGGAUUCUGUGUCUUCUUGUUGGAAAGCUCUUCUGGUCCCAGGGUGUCCACGCAAAACCCGGCUUAUUUCCUUUGAGUGACUCUCCCGCCCUUGACAUCACGUCACCUCAAGACGAUUACGAAUCUGAUGUCUACAAGCGGUCUCUUCUUAUAGACGCGGAUAAGAGAUUUGCCUUCGCGCGAAAUCCUGACACUAUUUACUCUGAAAACUUAGGAGAGUAUCCCAGUUAUUUACAAGACGAGGACGACGACCAGUUCGACGAUGGACCAGAUACUGAUCUCCCAAAUGUGUGGGAAGAUGGUGAUAGCCAAAAUGUGGAACAAUACCAAAUCGGCCAUGAAGGUGUCAAUGAACAUGGCGGGGAAAAUGACAAACGCAAAAUUGACCCGGGUGCCUCAGGAAGUGGUGUUGGAGAAAUUAAUGAAAACACAAGUCUGGAAGAAAACAGUAGCAAUGCUGUCAUGACGAUUCAAACAGUUGCGAAAGAGAAACGCAAACACGACCAAGGUAACGAAAAUCUUGCGAGUCAUCGAUUAAAUGAAAGUCGCGAGAGACACCAAGUAAUUUCUAACAAUGCCGAAGGCGAUGAUCCAGGAAGCGGUUCGGGAGAUACAAUCAUGAAAACGAGUGACAGUGGAGAUACGAUAGCCGAUCACACGAACCACAAGCACAGGGAAGGGAGUGAUAUUACUCACGAGAAACACACAGAUACGAUAGCCGAUCACACGAACCACAAGCACAGGGAAGGGAGUGAUAUUACUCACGAGAAACACACAGAUACGAUAGCCGAUCACACGAACCACAAGCACAGGGAAGGGAGUGAUAUUACUCACGAGAAACACACAGGUGGAGACGGCUCAGGCGAGCACGUGAGCGAGGAGGACGCGGCUGCUGAGGACCACAAGAAGAGCCAAGAAAGCGAGGAAGGUAACAUCAGCAGCAAGAGUGAGGACAGGUUUACUAAAGAUGGGUCUGGCGAGGGCAACAAAAACAGCAAUAGCGAUGAUACUGAAGAAAACGAUGAUGACAUUGAAGAAGGGAGGACGGAUGACAGUAAAGACGAUAGUGUGAAAUUCGGAGAAGAUAAUAAAGAGAGACCAGAUGCCAACAAGGACGAUAGCCUAAAAUCAAGAGACAACAAGAAAGGGAGAACAGAUGACAGUAAGAACGAUAGUCUGAGAUCAAGAGAUGACAAGAAAGAGAGACCAGUUGUCAAUAGGGACGAUAGUCAAAGUUCAAUAGAUGACAAGGAAAAGAGACCAGAUGUCAAUAAAGACGAAAGUCAGAGAUCAAGAGAUGACAAGGAAAAGAGACCAGAUAUCAAUAAGGACGAUAGUCAGAGAUCAAGAGAUGACAAGGAAAAGAGACCAGAUGUCAAUAAGGACGAUAGUCAAAGUUCAAUAGAUGACAAGGAAAAGAGACCAGAUGUCAAUAAAGACGAUAGUCAGAGAUCAAGAGAUGACAAGGAAAAGAGACCAGAUAUCAAUAAGGACGAUAGUCAGAGAUCAAGAGAUGACAAGGAAAAGAGACCAGAUGUCAAUAAGGACGAUAGUCAAAGUUCAAUAGAUGACAAGGAAAAGAGACCAGAUGUCAAUAAGCAAAAAAACGAGAAAUAUAUGAAUGUAGCAUCUAAGGAUCACUACAUGAAUAAGGAUAAAGAGGAAAAUCGUGCAAACUCGGACGAUGACGGGAACGAUGAAAGUGGGAACGAAAAAACGAAUAGUGACAAAAAGGACGGCAAUGAUGAAGGUUUGUCAAGUAAGAAUAACGAUGAGAAGUAUGGUGAAGGGAACAAGCAUGAAGACACAGAGUUGAAAAGCAAUAAAGAUGACAAGAAAGAUGAAGAUACAGCAACCAAGGAUGAUAGAAUUGAGAAUAAAAAACCUACGAACGACUAUGAAAAACUAGAUGAAGAAGACAAUCGGUCGAAUUCUGGAGUGAACAACAAAGAUUGGCAAGAAAUACAUGAAUAUGACAAAACGGUGCCGAAGAAAGGUGAAGAAGACAAGAUUGAUGAGCACAGGGAAGGGACAUCCGACAACAUCAAGUCAAAUCACGGAAAAGAAAAAGAUCGUGCACAACUAGACUUGACAGGCAAUGAUAACAAAAAUAAGAAUAAAGAAUCUAAGAAAUACGAUGAACAAGGAGACAGUCGCCCAGUCUCAGACAUGAGCAAUAAAGAUCGGCAUCAGAACCAAAAGAAAACGGGUGAUGAAGAAAUCGAAGAUGAGACUGAUGCUUCAGACAAGGGUGGCGCUAGUGAUCAAACCAACAAUGUUAAUGAGGGAUUUGAUGCCCCGAAUGGUCCAGGGGUGUUGAUGACUGAUGAGAAAAACCGAGGGAAAGAGAAGGAGCGGAGCGACGCCGGAAGUGCCAGCCCAAUGGGUUUUUACGUUCUAAAUGGCCCUUGGGGCGUUACAAAAAACGGUGGUGACUCCAAUAAAAAAGCUGAAAAUGCAGUCAACACUACUUCAAAGGCGACCAAAAGCGAGCAUAGCUCGGUUGGCAUAAAAAAAGUGACUAAGAGUCAUAAUAACAAAGAGUCAAGCGAUAAGUACGGGCCUGGCGCCGAACAGACGAAUAAGCACAAUCAAGACACAGUGGACGAGACGAGUGAUCAUGAUAAUAAUGCCAACCAUAAAGGCAACCAAUCCCCUGGAGAAAACAAACAAGGAGCCACGACAAGCCAAACCCAGACGACAAUACUUAGAAAACCAAAGACAGACGGAAAGAAGGACGAAGACAAGCAAUCACCCAGACAAAAAAGUCGAACGGACAAUUCCCAACAGGCGGCAAAAGGACAUUUAAAGGUAGAAAUCAAGAGUAGUAAAGACCAACAGUCACCAGGAAAUCUUAAAGAAGGAUACAAAUCUGAGAAGAAACAAAACGACAACAGUAAAAAUAGUAUGCAUCCGGAAAUAGUAGACUUUCUUAAGCUUAAUAAGGAGCAAAUUGAAAGUGAACGAAAUGGAGGAUCGAAUCAGAUAAACCAAGUCAGCGCGAGCAAAGAAGAGUCGGAAGACAACAACGGAGUAAACAGGGAUGGUGAUGAUGAUGAUGAUGUUGAUGACGAUGAUGAUGAUGAUGGCGAGAAGGUGUCGAGUCUUGUCAAAAACAAACACACCGGAAACUUGCUGAACGAGACUAAAAGGCAUAGAAAAGCUGGCAAAAAUACGCCUGAUGACGGUUCUCGACAGAGUUUUUCAAACAAAAAGGCUUCUGGAAGUGCAACUAAAUUGGAUAGUAUGAACACUACAAUAACUCAGAAGUUGACAAAGGCGAAUCAAACUAUCAGCACUUCAAGCAACAAGGGAGAGUCUACUCUAAACAACAACCUUAAUGCUUUAGAAUCUCCAGAAAACAAAUACAAACUCCAUGGGCCAUCUGUUGACAAAACCGACCAUAACACUACCAAUAGCGGUAAUAGUGGUAAGGAAAAUGUUCAGAUGUCUGUGUUGGUCCAGAAACUACAAACAAGCAAAUCACCCAAACCGGUGAUGAAGAUCGUGGUGGAUAAAAAAGAUGAGAACAAAGGAACGAAGCUGCAUUCGACUACGAUCCACCCUUACACCAAAUCAAGUCGAAAGAUAAACGACAAAAGUAAAGAGUCUAAAGAUGUUUCUGAUAGAGUACGUGAGAAGGCUGCUGAGUUGAUGUAUCUGAUCGAGAGAGGCUCAAAGCAUCACAAACCACACAAGGUCUCUAAAAAUUACAAAAACAAAGCAAAGAAAAAUCAUCCAUCUUCAAAAAUCAGCGACAAGUUGAGAGAAGACGCCCCUGGUGGCCCUCCUCCUGUGGCAACACAUUUGAAAGGACCACCUGUUGUCUCUGGAAUAGCACAAAACACAAUGACUGGACACUCGGGAAAUCUUGGAUCUUCACGUGUACCGUCCACUGGAUACGGUGCCAAUCCUUACAACAAGCCAUAUAGCGGGUAUGGCCAUUAUACCGGCUAUCAGCAAUCUACGGGGUUUGGUUUCCGUCCUUCUCCGUAUAAUUCAGCUGCGUAUCUUGCCUACAAGAAUCGUUUGAAUACCAUGAUGAGAGUACGUGCAGCAAGAAUAGCGGAGUACAAUCGUUAUAUUGAAAGGAUGAAGUACAAAAAGAUGCAAGAUUUGGCCAGAUAUCGGGCUGUGUUAAAACAGAAGGGGUAUCGUGGGUAUCAGACGGCUUAUCCGAGCAAAGAGUAUUGGGGCUCUAUAAGGCAAAGUAAAAAUAAAGGCUUUUACGGAAACAAGAAUGUAGACAGUACGAGCAACGAUUACCUUAAUAACCAGGCGUACCAAGGAAGCGGGUAUCAAGGAAGCAACAACGCGUAUUCAAAUAACGGUUACCAAGGAUACAGCAAUGCUAAUAUAAAUAACCAAGGAAACAUUAAUUCUUAUCAAAGCAACGGUUACCAAGGGAAUAACAAUAUGUACGGUUACGGAGGAAACAAUAAUGCGUAUAUGAAUAAUGGUUACCAAGGAAAUAAUCUUUAUACAACAAACAGUUACCAAGGAAAUAAUUAUUAUCAAAAUAAAGGAUACCAAAAUGGGUACAGAUACCCCGCCCGCUAUGGUAACCCUUACGACGUCCAGAAUCUGAUGAAGAUGGACGAAGGGGAAAUGCAGCAGAUGAUGAAAGAGAUGGACAUCCCCAUGGACGACGACGCGAGCGUGGAAACAAUGCCUGCUCCCGCUGACAAACCGGUCAGCGCCAUGUAUGGCAAUACCAGUCCCCAGACCCCUGUGUCCCCUUACAAUGCUUUUCCUAAUAUGGCGACGCAGCCACAGGAAGGCCAAUCACAGCAAACUGCCGCUCUCGCCAGUUUCCAAGAUUCCCAGAAUUCCAAGAAACACGUCGCCCAGGAGCCUUCUCAAAAUGUGUCAUAUGAAGAUCUGGAGCAUUCUGCUGAGGGAAGCGCCAUUAAACCUGGUGAUGGGAAGACAGAACAAGAGCCGAAGCAUUUGGAGGAAGUCCAACAGGAUUCAUUGAAUCUUACAUCAGAAGCGAAAAACUCAGACCAUGUUAACAGCAGCGAGCAAAACCCUUCUAACGAUUCGUCAUACGAAAAAGCACUAAACAUAAUGAAAAACAUGAAUCAAGUUCCUCAAGAACCGAAAACGGAGAAUAAUAUAUCUACAAACUCCGAAAAGAAGCAUUCUGAAACUAACAAGCAAUCCGAUCUCUGGUCAGACAAAACCUCGAUGCCUUCUUGGAAAAAUAAACCAAUAUUCCAUCCUCAAGGAGUGGUAGAUAAUUUCUUCAUGAAUUCGCCUGUUCUUUUCAAAUCCAAAGAAGCGAAGUCUUUCCCGAUAAAAUCAGAUGAAAAGAAGAAACUUGUCGAGACAGUCGCUUUGCUGCACAAUAUCCAUAAACAAGAUGAAAUGAAUGUUGCACCUAACCUGAAGAAGCAAAGCUCCAGAGAAGAAAAUGGUGGAAAAAAAGAAAGUGUUAUUUCUCUCAAGACAUUAAAUGGAGGAAGUAAGAAAAGACAGAGAUCAAAGAGCAAGGGAAAGUUUGAGACCGUCGGAUAUUUUGGACCGCAUCUAUCAUAUACAGAAUCAGUUGUACCCAUGCAAAAGCUACUCAAAGAGCUGGACGCGGAUUAUUUAAAACAAGGGUUCUUCGGGAAUGAGAAAUCCCGAGUAGUGACAAAAAAGGGUAAAGCGAUGAGUGAACGCCUUUUUGAGGCUGCAAGCAUGGUACAAAACAGCGUUUAUGGGAAGUCGACGCAGGGAAUUCACGCACGCCCAACAGAACCCUGGUACCCGAGAGUGCAGCCGACGUAUAAAGGAGUUAAGCCUCGCAAAGGUCUAUUUGGAGAUGUUGAUGAAGACACCGUAGAGAAAUGUAAGAGCAUUGGCAAAGCAGAGUUUCGGACCAAAUGCCCUAAAGGAUGGGUAGCGCAUAACGAGUUCUGCUACGGCAUUUUCACGUCCAAGUCGAAGUUUGAGGUAUUUCCGCGAGAAUGUGCCAAGUACAACGCCAUUCUUGCAAUGCCUAAGACGGAAGAAGAGCUAGGCUUCCUCCAUAGCCACCUUAAGUCACGCAAAAUGAACCACAAGGCAUUCCACCUGGGUCUGACGAGGAGGAGCGACUCCUGGUCGUGGGCAGAUGAUAGCCCUUUUGUCAUGAGUCAGUCGUUUAGCGAUGUAUUCACGGACAAGUCUAGAAAGGGCGUCAGCUGUGGAGUUCUGCGUAAUGGAAGGAUCCGAAGCGAACGGUGUGAAGCACGUAGACCGUUCAUCUGUGAGGUCAAACGAGGUAUGGAGGCUGUGCGCAUACUCGCAUUCGGUGACAGCCUUACUAAAGGCUUCUACGGGGGAAGUGGCUCCUACCACCCAUACACCAGCAAGCUCGAGUUUCUAUUAAACAAAGACUCCCAUAAGUGCUACAUCAUCGAUAAUCAGGGCAAGGACCAGGAGACUGCGGCAAGCAUGACUAAGAGACUUAAGCACUACUUGAACAAAGUUACCAAGUGGUACUCAUGGGUAAUCAUCCUUGGAGGAACUAAUGACAUCAUCCACGACAAACGCGACUCAACCGAGAAGAACUGGGACAAAAUAGUACAUGACAUCAUCGCAGCUCAUCGCGAGGCACACAAACGAGGCUUCAACACCGUAGUGGUCACCAUACCGGAAACGGAUUGCGAGGAAACUGUCAACGAGUAUUGCCACAAGACACGUGAGGAGAGGAAAUACGUCAACGAGCGGCUGCGGCGGUAUGCUGUGGAAACAGGCGCGGCUGUGCUUAGCGACCUGGCCAUUAUGCUGCCAAGGUAUUCCAUGGGGAACGAGAAGAGAAAUUUCUUCUGGGAGACUGGGCUCCACUUGAGACCGCAGGGCUAUGACCGCAUGGCGGAGAUUAUUUAUGAUGAUCUUGUGCGUAAUCUCCUGGAGUGACGGGUUUCCUGUGGUUAAAGAUUGUUCGACUACUAUUAGACUAAGACAUUGAGUAAAGCUUCAGAACUAAGCUCGAUUAUAUACUAGAUUAUAAUAUGAGAAAAAUUAUUGAAAGGAAACUUACACCAAACGAUUGAUGGAAUAAUCAUGAAGAAUUUGGCGAUUAAUAAGGACAAUUAGUCAGACGACUUUUCAAACGAUUGAUUGAAAAUCAUGAAAUAAUUAUCGUUUCGCUUUGCAUGAUAAAAAUGUACUCGGAACAAAACCUAAGCUUUUCGUAUGAAAAGAGUUUGCAAACGUAACGUUUUCACGUUAAAAAGUUUAUUAUUUAUUAAUUGAAUCAUGGAAUAUUAGAUAGGAAAGUAAGUAAACAUAACAAUUUAA